AUGGCAAAAGAUUUUCUCUUAACAUCUAGAUCUGAACUUACAAACCACUUCACUUACCAGAAUAUCCAAUGGCAUUUCAUACCACCAGGAUCUCCACAUAUGGGUGGUCUCUGGGAAGCGGGUGUCAAAAGUUUUAAGGCUCAUUUCCGUAAAGUAGCUGGUCCUUUUAAGUACACUUUUGAAGAAUUCUCAACAUUACUUGCAAGAAUAGAAUCGUGUUUGAAUUCGAGGCCAAUCUCACCAAUGUCCGAAGAUCCAAUGGAUUUGAAUGCUUUAACUCCCAGACAUUUUCUGACUGGCAGUCCUCUACUUGCGCCACCCGAUCCUAAAAUUUAA